UACAAAUGCACUCUGUGGUAGUUUUUCUUUUUUUGACGGUCUGAGGAGUGAAGGUCGAACAACAUCAGAGCCAUAGAAGCGAUAGGCACAGCAAUGAAUAACUCUUCGUAUGACGUCGACUAUGAAGAUGGUAUAUGUGAAAAGGGUGAGGUGGUCCAAUUUGGAGCUGUGGUCAUUCCCGUUUUCUUCUCCAUCGUGAUCACGCUGAGCCUCGUGGGAAACAUCCUGGUCCUCGUGAUCCUGGCGUUGUACGAAAACAUCAGGGCCCUCAGCAACAUUUUCAUUCUCAAUCUGGCCCUGUCCGACCUGGUCUUCACCUGCGGCCUUCCUUUCUGGGCCGUGUACCACAUCUGGGGCUGGCUGAUCCACGAGAUCCUAUGCAAAGUGAUCACGUUUGUCUUCUUUAUCGGCUUCUACAGCAGCGUCCUCUUUCUGACCGCCAUGACCGUCUACAGGUAUCUGAUGGUGGUCCGCCCAAGGUCUGAACUGACACCACAGAACACAAGCGCCGGAGUCUUCGUAUCCAUCAUCCUGUGGAUCAUCAGCGUCGGAGCGUCCGUACCCUCGCUUCUCUUCAGCGCCGUGAUCCCAUUCCCCCACAAGGACCAUCACUUCCUGGGCUGUGAAUACGAGGACGACCUCUGGGAGACGGUCGGCGUUUGCCAACAGAACAUCUUCUUCUUAGUGGCGUUUGUGGUCAUAGCGUUCUGCUAUUGUAAGAUACUCGGGAGAAUCGCAAUAAGCAGAUCCCACACAAAGAGCCGAGCGGUUAAAUUAGUCUUCUGCACCGUGGCCAUGUUCUUCCUGGGCUGGGUGCCGUACAACGUGGUGAUCCUUCUCAGGCUUUUCAGUUACAAUCUAAUUCCGCCUUUUGAAGAAUGCGACGUUAGCAUACAGCUUGAUUACGCCUUCUACGUGUGCCGGCUCCUUGCCUUCUCCCACUGCUGCCUCAACCCGGUCUUUUACGCACUGUUGGGCGUCAAAUUCAGGGGUCAUCUGAAAACCAUGUUCAGACGAACGAGUCCGAGCGAGACGAGACAGCAGAGGGGGAAACAAACCCUGUCACAGGGGUCAAUGUAUUAGAUCGGGGGUGUCCAAACGUUUUCCACCGAGGACCAGACAUUUUCAUCAGCUUUCUGUUGUUAGUAGGGAUGCAUGAUAAACAGACAGAUAAUUAUCGUGCCAAUAUUAGGAAUCAUGACAUCACACUGGUAACAUAAA